UCUGUUCAUAUAAUAUCGCAAAUGUCCGGUCCUAUAAAUCCAUAAACCUUUGCAAAAUUCCCCAUCAUAUGCCCACAAAAUGAUAACAAGUGCUGUCGUCGUUAGAGGUAAUAAGGGUGUCACCGGUACUCUCACCGCUAAUGCCGGAGAUGUCCGGCUCCGUGCUGUCAUUGAUAACGCUGCCUUCGGUAAUGGAUCCACCGUCGAUAUCGACAACUUUUUUUUCUCUCUCGAAAAGCCCGGCUCCUUUAUAGUCGAUUAUAAAUUCCCUAAUCAGGAUCUCCGUUUUCAGUUUAUGAACACAAUAAAUUUAUUACAGAAACAGGUAAAUUGGACUUACACUCGCUCGAUAAGGGAUAAUCGAACAAUUUUGGAUGGGGCUCUUGUUCUUCACCCGGCUAACAAGCUCUCCGCUAGCUACAAAUUGGGUUCCAAAGAUUGCAAGUUGAAGUACAGUUAUGUGUAUAAAGGGGUCACCGCGUUAGAGCCAAGUUAUGAUUUUGCCAAGAAUUCUUUAGACUUAGCAGUGUCGCAUAAAAUUGCCAGUGAUGUGAUCAAAGUUUCGUACGAGAAUGUGAACAAAAAUUUGGGAGUCGAAUGGUUGUUGAAAACAUUGCUAAAUCAAGAGGAAGGAAUUAAGAUUUCAGCAUCUUUCAAUUUGGCAGGGGGGCUACACAUGCCAAAAGUAUCUGCCGAGACCUCAUGGAAUUUGGAUAUGUAAUUCAACGCUUGGAGUAUAUUUUUAGACAAAAGAAAUGAUCUACUAGCAGCUCUUCCUCUCUCUAUCCCUUUAUUUUCUUUUCUAAUCUUAUAACGUAGCGGCCUUGUCAAUUAAAAAGUUAGAAAUACAGAUUAUUCAUUAU